UGCCUCCUUGCGUAGUGACCAAAAUCUAGAUUUGAAAAAAUACCGCAAAACCUACAAUCGGUGACAUUAGUCACACAUUAAUCUCGCUCUCGUCAUCUCUUUGUGUGGUCUGACAGGAGUGAUGCCUAAAAACGUAUACGCGUGUCGGAGUGUUUCUCAGGUGUCUGCAGAAGAAGAGCUGCACGCAUCAGACCCUCAGAUGAAGGAUACGCAGAAGGCAGGUAUUGAGAAGGAUGAGUGUUUAAACACAGAGGCAGCCGAUGAUCCCUUUGUUCCCACGGUCACUGCUGUAGCUUCUGCUCCAGACCUGAAGUGGAUGGUCCUGUCGACGGACAUCUCUUCAGUGUCACCCUGCAGCGCUGCGAGAGAUGAAAGACCCCAGAGCACAUCUCGCUCCAAAGACAACUCGAAGGCUACUCGAAAGACUUUCACAUGCAGGAAAAAGGGGACGAAAGAGCAGCUUUCGCCAGAGGAAGAAGAGAGGAAGCGAAUCAGAAGAGAGAGGAACAAACUUGCAGCUGCCAAGUGUCGAAAUCGCAGACGAGAACUGACCAACACUCUCCAAGCAGAAACCGACAGUCUUGAGGAAGACAAAGCAGCUCUGAAGUCCGAGAUCGCCAGUCUUUUAAAGGAGAAAAAAAGUCUGGAGCUCAUUCUUUCUGCUCACAAACCCCACUGUAAAAUCUCAGAGGACACAGAAGGAGAAACAGAGGAGAAAAUUCUAGCUCAGGAGGAGCAGACACCCCCUCACUCCCCAGACACCACCCUAGAACCUAACCAGGUGCCCAACAGCCCCCAGCAAGAAGAACCCCCAUGCACUGCCAUUUUCGGGGACUCUGAUGUCCUGCUGUGCUCCAGUGCAGAACUGGGAGCCGUUGAGGUGGAACCUUACAUUGAUAUGAGGGAUGUAUCCAUGGAAGACAUAAGCGAUGUGAUUGACAGCAGUGAUGACAUGGAUCUGUUGGUGCCGGAUAUCGAUCUCACAAGCUCUCUGGGUUUGAGCGAAUGGGAAACCCUGUACAUGUCAAUGGGAGGCGGGUUAGAACCCGUCUCCUCUCUGACAUGUAGCCCCACCUGUAGCAGCAGCAGCAGCAGCAACACUGUGCCUGUUUUCAACUUCAACAGUGCAGAUUUGGAGAAACAUGAGAGCAACAAAGAGGGCUUGAGCAAGUCUAAUGCUGCCAAAGAAAUCUUGAUGAAAUUAUGAAAAAGGGAAUAUGUCAAUGAUGUGAAACCCCUUACCCGCAGCUGUUGAGGAACCGAAAAAACCCUAAUGCAAAAUGUUUAAAAUAUGGGAUCAACAGUUCAGAAUAUGGUGAAUGCUGUGUGAAAAAAAGUAUUUUAAAGACAUACAAUGUAAUGUGAUCAUAACAUCCACUGAAGUCACUUGUGUACCAGAUGUUGCUUCCAGAUGUUACAAGUAUUGUUGUUCAUUUGAAAGACAUGCUUAUGAACGAUUUCAUGCACUUUUGUACCUGUUGGUACGUGUAACUGUAUCAGGUGAUUUUGUGCUGUACUGUGCAAUGUGUUACACAGUGUCUAAGUGUGUGACUAGCUGAAUAACAGCUUGUAUUUUGUGGUAUUGUUAAAAUGUGGUCCUGAACAUGGUGGCAAAAAAUCUAUCGACUCCUUUAACAUUAUGCAUAUUGCUCUUCCUGCUUCCCUUUCGGUGGUCUCGCAUGCAUCUUAUUAACGAAGAAAAAAACAAGGGAAAAAAUAAAGAAAAAUGUGUGGAGUGUUGCAUAUCUUGCUUUAUUUAUGGCGAGCGAGUUGUCAAA